GAUACUCAUACUGUUGAUCCUAUCACUCACACAGCUAAGGCACAGAGCGGGACAUUCAUGAACUUCGAGCUAAAACCUGGCUUCAUGUAUCCAUAAUAAAGACACCAAGAAACCCUUAAAAAGCGUUGUUCAUAUGAAUUGAACUAAGGAGCUCACAUAGAUAUUGUUGAACAAUUCUAAGUAAAAACAAACUGUACAUAUCGCACUUUGUACCCGGAAGUGUACUUGUGGUCUGAGGCCGUCUGACGCCACCCUCUUGAGAAGAGAAGCAUGGAUUUUACAAAGCAUCCAUUCGGACUUCCUGCCUCAAAUCCAAAGGCAAAUAUAGUUAACACUAUUCUUAAAGAGAACUAUUUGUGUCAAAAAGAGAACCGUAUAUCCAAUGCAUGUGGUAUUGUCAGUAUAGUGCUUAAACUGUGUUUUGAUGCCGUGGAUGUCCCCGUAUCAAUUAAAUACGGUAUACUUAAGUUUAUAAACAAAAUGCGACUGCCUCACGUGUGGCUCGACUUCCAAGGACACAUCCUUGACAACACAUUCAUGGUAUACCAGGAUGAGGACACUUUCAUCAAGAUAAAGACUAUGGGUGUGUGCGAAUAUGAAGAAGGUACAGGUAACACCGAACAUCUGUUUUUGGGAGACCAGGACAAUCGGAGACUCGGCAUACCAGACCAUAACAAAAAUGAAUUCCAAGUCUUAUUAAAGCGACCAGAGUCAACCAUGACAAUUGCCGUUCGAAACAUGCCACAUAUUGGGGCAUAUUACCACAGAAUGAGAGAAAUCAUGGACAGACAGUUUAAAGUGUCGAUAAAGAACUUUUUUGAUAGAAGUGCCGAUACAAAAUGCUGGGCAUGUGACGGGGAGAAACCGACCGAGGAGUUAAAGAAAUGUUCUGUUUGUAAGGUUGCCUGUUACUGUGAUAAAACAUGUCAGAAAAAGGACUGGAAAGAACACAAACAUGUGUGUUGGAAGCCCGAGUCUGCGUAGUCUUAUUAUAAAUCACACUUAAGUCAUAGCCCAUUUAUUAAAUCGGGAACAGAUAGGAUUGGUAAUAUGUAUUGAUGCAGACUUUUAUGCUGAUAUUGUCGCCAACUAUAAAGCUGAAAGUCUCCUACUAAUCCUUCGUCACUAUACUGAUACAAAGUAAAAGCUUGCUCAUUUUCUGAGCACUUUUGAUGUAUGCAUGACAAACAGUGUAACUUUUAUUAAAAGUGUUGUUGUUGAUGAUUUUUUCUUUAAUAUGUCGGGUAUCGCUGCCCAUUUAUAUU